AUGCCGACUGGCAAAUUGAAGAAAUUCGUCUCCGACAAGGGCUUCGGCUUCAUCACACCAGACGAGGGUGGCGACGACGUCUUUGCGCAUACUUUGCAGUUCAGUGGUGACGGUGAUUCUCUCAGGGGCGGAGAGCGAGUCACUUACGAGGCCGAAUGGGAUGACCGCAAGAGCAAGUACAGGGCCUCUUCCUGGGCAAUCGACAUGAGCGGUGGCAAUGCCGUGAUGCACAGUGGAAUGCUCAAGAAAUACUUCCCCGAUAAAGGAUUCGGGUUCAUUGAGCCCCAAGAUGGCAGUGAAGACCUUUUCGCGCAUUCGAGACAGUUCACAGGAGGCGAUCCUACAAACCUGACUGAUGGCAUCAAGGUGAAGUACGAGGUGGAAUGGGACGCGAAGAAGGGCAAGAACAAAGCAGGAUCAUGGUGCCUCGACAACGGCGAGGCCGGCUUCGGCGGUUUCGGAGGCUGUGGUGGCUGCGGCGGCUGCUGCGGCGGCUGUGGAGGGUGUGGAGGGUGCGGGGGCUGUGGAGGCUGUGGUGGCUGCGGUGGUUGCGGCUGCGGUGGCUGCGGCUGCGGAGGUGGAGGCUUUGGCAUGCAGCAAGGCUUUGGAGGAGGCAUGGGCUGUCCCCAGUACGGUGGUGGUCAGGGCUUCGGAGGACCCGGCAAUGGAUACGGCCCAGCCAGCACGCCUCAGAAUGAUCCGCGCUUCUCCCCGUAUGGCGGAGCCCCACAGCAGGGUGGCUUCGGAGGUCAGGCGCCAAUGGGCCAGGGAGGUCCUGCCUCUCUGCCGCCAGGCUGGGAACAGACCCAAGAUCCCAGCAGUGGCAAGACCUACUAUUUCAACCGCAGCACCAACGAGACUAGCUGGACUCCGCCCGCGGCGGCCCCCGCGCCCGCGCCGGCCGUCGAGGCUGGCGGCUCCUUGCCACCGGGCUGGGAGCAGGCAACCGAUCCAAACAGCGGCAAGCCGUACUACUUCAACAGGUCGACCAACGAGACCAGAUGGGAAGCGCCGACCAUGUGA